AUGAGGGUUUCUAUCAGAGCAACGACAAUCCAACCAUGUGCACCAUCCUCUUCUUCUAAACCUAACCCUACUUUCUCACCCCCUGAAUCCAACACAAUCUCACCAUUCAACAAGUCUUUGUUAUCAUGGAGUGUUCUCAACCCUCACUCAGCAAAAUGCAACUAUCCCAAACUCGGCAACAAGUGGAAGCAAUACCAAGGAAUCAACCAUUGGGAAGGUUUGCUUGAUCCUCUUGAUGAUAACCUACGCUUUGAAAUCUUAAGAUAUGGUCACUUUGUAGAUGCUGCUUAUCGAUCUUUUGACUUUGACCCUUCAUCUUCUACUUAUGCCACGUGUCUUUACUCGAAGAACUCGCUUUUGACACGUUGCAGCAUGGCAAAUUAUGGAUAUCGAUUAACCAAAAAUUUACAUGCCACGUGUGGAAUUUGCAUGCCAGCAUGGAUAAGCAAAGUGUUCAAGUGGACAUGUACUCAGUCUAGUUGGAUUGGUUACGUUGCAAUUUGUGAGAACAAGAAAGAAAUUACUCGCCUUGGAAGACGUGACGUGGUGAUUGCUUUUAGGGGAACAGCCACGUGUUUAGAGUGGUUGGAAAAUCUACGCGCCACCUUAACUUAUUUACCGGAUCAUGUGACAGCGGAGGAAGGUGGUGGUGCCAUGGUGGAAAAAGGGUUUUUGAGCUUAUACACUUCCAAAACCACCACAUGCGCUAGUUUGCAAGAAGUGGUAAGAGAAGAGAUUGGGAGAGUGAUCAAAACUUACAAGAACGAGCCACUCAGCAUAACCCUCACGGGUCAUAGCCUUGGAGCCGCACUCGCGAUCCUCAGCGCGUAUGAUAUAACCGCUACGUUCAAGAAAGCACCAAUGGUGACGGUUGUUUCUUUUGGUGGGCCGCGCGUGGGGAACGAGAGCUUCAGGAAACGAUUGGAGCAAAGUGGGACCAGGAUACUGAGAAUUGUGAAUUCGGAUGAUGUGGUGCCGAAAGUUCCUGGGUUCGUGGUUAAUAAUGAUGACGUGGCAAUCAAAGGAGAUGUUCACAUCAGAGGCUUGUCCGGCUGGUUGCAGAGGCGCGUGGAGGACAUGCAAUUCGUCUAUGCUGAUAUUGGAGAAGAGUUGAGGCUAAGCAACAAGGAGAAGAUAAAUGUUGCCACGUGUCACGAUCUCAAGACGUACCUUCAUUUGGUGAAAAGUUUUGUAAGCUCGUCGUGUAGGAAAAAGAGUAAAAUAUCUUAA